AUGUUUACUGAGGGUCUGGAUAAGAAUGCCCUUAAAUGGGUUAGUGAGGGUUCUGCCAGUCAUAGUAAGGAAAGUUCUUAUAUACCCAAUCAGAGACCUAGAAUAGAUCCUAUUUCUAGUAUUGGAAACAGAGGCCGUGGUAUUGGACUGCCUCCACCAUCCAAAUUUCAGAGUGGGCACUUGCCAGGAGUGAUUUCAAUGUCUGGAGUCAUUCCUGGUGAUUCUGAAGGAAGUAGAUCAGUUUCUGAUAAUGAUAUGACCACAGACACAGAGGAGGAAGUAUAUGGGGGAAGAUAUUCACUUGACUCGUCACCACAAAAUGAUAGAAUUCUCAGCAGAAGUGCUACUGCUCAAAGAUACUACAAGCCCGUUCAAAGGCGUACACCACAGUAUGCAAGUGAGAGUAUGUUUUCUGAUGAUGUUAGUUCGUCAAGGGAAACUAAUAGAGGGUGUGGGCAAGUGGACGAGAAACUGAUGAGGAGAGCCAAUAGAUAUCCAGAAAAUGCUUACUCAGAGGAUGGAUCUUCUUAUUCUGAUGGAAGCUCUGAAUUUUCUACCACGCAAAUCAGGAGCACCAAUGGAACUUUACCGCAGAAAAGGGCUUACUUGUCAGACGGUUCUGCAUCUAGGAUUCCUUCUGGAAUGGAUGCACACCAUGCUACUGGAAAGGAUGUGACUGUUGGGACUUUGCAGAACGAAAAUCCUUGUGAUGAUAUUCCCAGUGCACCUCCUUUCUGUGCUUCUGUUGGGGAAAUUAAACAAGAUAGAGAGCAAAUUCCUGCCUAUGGAACCCAUCAUGCAGAGUCUUCGGCAGAUUCACAUGCUUUUCGAGCUAAACCAUGCACUUCCGUCGACAUGUCUCCCAAUACUCAAGAACAGGAUAAUGUACUGAAAAAUUCGUCCUACAUUCCUGUGAGGACUGCUGUUGGGGUAGAAAGCUGUGUGACAUUGGGUCCUCACCCUACCCGACGUCCAACUUUUCAUGCAAGCCCACUAGGUUCGUGGCAUGCAGUGAUUGCUUAUGAUGCAUGUGUUCGGCUUUGCCUUCAUGCUUGGGCUAAGGGAUGUAUGGAAGCGCCCAUGUUUUUGGAAAAUGAAUGUCAUUUGUUGCGAGAUGCAUUUGGUUUGCAGCAAGUGCUCCUGCAGUCCGAGGAGGAAAUGCUGGUAAAGCGCUCUUCAGAACUUCCCACUGAAGGGGCUGCCCCGAAACCCAAGAAAAUGGUUGGAAAGAUGAAGGUGCAAGUUAAGAGGGUAAAAUUGGCUCUGGACCAACCUGAGGGCUGCAGUUGUUCUACCAUCAAAGCUCCAAAAGUGAAAGUGGACAACAUUCGACAUCACUUACUCAAUACGUGGUCAAAAUUAUCUUCUGGAUGGCGAGCAGUUCACAAAAUUGAUUUUGCUCCUCGUGCACCAGCAAAUGGUUCUUUUUCACACCAAAGCUUGGCAUCUUUGCGGACAAGCACUCAAUACCUAAAGCAAGUUUCUGGCCUUCUGAAAGUUGGUGUUACUUCAACUCUACGCAGCCGCUCAUCAUCUUAUGAAGUUUUGUUGGAAACACACUCUUUUUCACUACGCCUUAAAAGCUCUGCUGAAGAAGAUGCUAUAAAAAUGCAACCAGGAUCCGGUGAUUCCCAUAUGUUCUUUCCAGAUAGCUUAGGAGAUGAUCUCAUCGUUGAAGUUUUGGAUUCCAAGGGUAAUCAUUAUGGUCGCGUGAAUGUUCAAGUGGCUGCUAUUGCUGACAAUCCGGGUGAAAAACAACGCUGGUGGCCUAUUUAUCGUGAGCCUGAGCAUGAGUGUGUUGGCAAACUACAAUUGUAUAUAAAUUAUUCAGCAAGUCUAGAUGACAAUAGUCAUCUUAAGUGCGGCUCCAUUGCAGAAACUGUGGCAUAUGAUCUGGUAUUGGAGAUUGCAAUGAAAAUACAGGAUUUCCACCAACGAAAUUUGUUGUUGCAUGGCCCGUGGAAGUGGUUACUCACUGAGUUUGCAUCAUAUUAUGGAGUUUCUCAUGCAUACACCAAGCUGAGGUACCUUUCUUAUGUCAUGGAUGUGGCAACACCUACAGCUUACUGUCUUACACUGGUAUACGAUUUAUUGUUGCCUAUAGUGAUGAAGGGCCACUGUAAGAGAGCACUAAGUCAUCAAGAGAACCGAAUUCUGAAGGAUAUUGAAGACCAAAUUGAACCAAUCUUCUCUCUUGUUUUUGAAAAUUAUAAGUCCUUGGAUGAGUCAUCAUCAUCAGGGAUUCUGGAUGUUUUCACGUCUGCUACUGGAGUUGCAGCACCGGUGCUAGAGCCUGCUGUUAAACUAUAUUCACUUCUUCAUGAUAUAUUAGCUCCUGAGGUGCAGACGAAACUAUAUAGUUACUUCCAGGCCGCUGCAAAGAAAAGAGCACGAAAACAUUUGAGCGAGACAGAUGAAUUUGUUAGUGGCAGUAAUGACAGCAUGUUGAUGGAUGCUGUUACUGUUUCCACUGCUUAUCAGAAAAUGAAAUCUAAUUGCUCGAAUAUCAGAAAUGAAAUUUUCACAGAUAGAGAGAUCCACAACCAGAAUAUCCUUCCCAGUUUUAUAGACCUGCCAAACCUUUCCUCGGCUGUUUACAGUACAGAACUUUGCAGUAGGUUACGUGCCUUCCUUGUUGCAUGCCCUCCACCAGGCCCUGCAUCAUAUGUUACAGAACUUCUUGUUGCAACUGCAGACUUUCAAAAGGAUCUCACCACCUGGAAUAUCAAGCCAGUUAAAGGAGGGGUUGAUGCAAAAGAAUUGUUCCAUUUGUAUAUUAUCCUCUGGAUACAGGAUAAGCGCCUCUCCCUGCUUGAGUCUUGUAAAUUAGACAAGGUUAAAUGGUCCGGGGUUACCACACAACAUCUAACGACCCCCUUUAUUGAUGACGUGUAUGAUCGCCUCAAUGAAACUUUGAACGACUAUGAUGUCAUCAUAUGUCGCUGGCCGGAGUACACUUGUGUUUUGGAAAAUGCCAUUGCCGAUAUUGAGAAGGCAAUUCUGGAUGCCCUAGAAAAGCAAUAUGCAGAUGUCUUAGCGCCAUUGAAGGAAAAAAAGACAGCCAGGAAAUCUGCUUUAAAAUACGUCCAAGAGUUCACUAAAAGAUCCACAUGCCCCUACGUAGUACCUAAUGAGCUUGGCAUUCUUUUGAAUUCUAUGAAGAGAAUGGUUGACGUGCUUUGUCCCAAAAUUGAACAUAAACUGAAGUCACGGGGUUCCUGUAUCCCCGAUAGGAGUCACGCUCCGCCUGGAGAGCGUCUAAGUGAAAUUAUUGUGAUGCUCAGAUCAAAGUUCCGGAAUUAUUUGCAAGCAGUUGUUGAAAAGCUUGUAGAAAAUACAAGAUUACAGGGAAGUACCAAAUUGAAGAAAAUUUUGCUGGAUUCUAAGAAAGCUGUGGCUGAAUCUGAUGUUAAAUGCAGAAUGCAACCUUUGAGGGACCAACUCAUAAAUACAAUCAAUCAUCUUCAUACGAUCUUAGAGUCUCAUGUGUUUGUUGCAACUUGCCGAGGUUAUUGGGACAGGAUGGGAAAGGAUGUUCAAAGCUUCUUGGAGGAAAGGAAAGAGAACAAAGCAUGGUACAAGGGUUCAAGAAUUGCUGUAUCUAUUUUGGAUGAUACGUUUGCAUCACAGAUGCAACAGUUACUUGGAAACUCGGUUCAAGAAAAAGACCUCGAGCCACCUAGGUCUAUUAUUGAAGUUCGUUCUGUACUAUGCAAAGAUGUUCCGGUUAAUAAGAACAACACAUGCUACUACUAG